AUGCCCUCGAAUGCAGAAACCCGACAUACCUCUGUUUCGACUGAGAAAAAUGCUCCAAAACAACCAGUCGCUGAAAUCAGUCGCUCGAGAUGGGUUCUCUGGCUGGUGGGUUUCUACACUACGCUGGUACUCUGCUCUUGGAUCAUGGUCUGUCUGCUGAAUUACCGCCCCGUUACUAUUGCAAGCUAUCAGAAAUACCCAAGCAACACAGCACCAAAUCCGUACAGGACUACAUCGCAAGGGUCAAUCAGUAGCCAGCCCAUGAGAGCCAAGUAUGUUCACAACGAGCGAUGGUACAAGGCCGUUCAGGUCCUUCAGUCCAUUGUUGGAGUGUUGACCAUCCCAGUGACCUCUGCCGUAUGCUCAAGUGCGGUGGUAGUCUACCUCCAAUGCCGCACAGACAAAUUGAAGCCGAAGAUUACUCUGCGCCAGUUGACGGUUCUAGCGGAUAAAGGGUGGACGGAUAUUUCCACCUAUUUCCAACUCUCAACCCAGUGGCCUCGCUAUGGAACCCCGUUUCUAGCAUGGGCAUUAGCAUUGCACCUUUUUGGCGCGAUUAUUUCCCCAGUCCAGCAAAUUUUCCUGUCAACUGAGUUGGUCAACACUCCCACAAACAUAACGAGGGUUGGCAAUCUGCAGGACAUGCCGGACAAAUUUAUCCAGGACGCCGGCUUCCCCAAGCUCAUCAUUGUGCCCAUGACCCGAAAGCUACUCGAGAGCACUUCUGCCAAUGAUAUCCCAUCACAGCUCUGGACGAAAGAUAUAGAUUGCGCUGAGACCAACUCAGACCGGUGCUCUCAGUCGGGAUCAAAAUGGACAGAUUUGUCCACGUUUCCUGACGUUUUCUGGGCGCAAUUGCCCAAUAACUAUAGCACGGGCUUAAUAAGGCAGUAUCUUCCCCGGUUCAACUCUUCGACCCAAUAUGAGUUUAUCUCAGAGAAGGAAUUUCCGCGUGGUUGUGAGGACACAGCGCGUGGACUCUCCCUUAAGCACAACCACACGCUGGUCGACCCUGCUGGAGGCAGAAAAGAAGACAUGGACUACUGGGCACUCCAUGCUUGUAUGCCUGAUGACCAAAUUGUAUCCCCGUGGAAGAAUACUCGGGAUCGACAGGAUUUCGGGGAGGUUCUCUAUCUGAAUAUCACCUUCACACCCCGCAUCAAGAAGGGAUUAUCACCCGAAAAUGAUUCAACAGCAGAAUCGGUUUACGUCCGAGUAAUUGUCAAUACUACAGCUGGAUAUUUCGAGUUGCCAAACUACAUGAAUGGUCAAACUGCCGGUUCGCUUCUAGAGAAGUUUCCUUACGAUACAUGCGAUUCAUAUUGUGACGAGCAAGGGUUCACAAGGCCAAACAAGAUAGCAAAGAAAAAGCGUGAGCGUCACGACAUCAUACCCUGGGAAGCGGACAGGAUCGAGGAAGUCUUCAACAAAGGCCCUCUUCUCACUACGGCUCUUACUCUCUUCGGGCGAUACUCCUGGCUUGAGACCGCAAACCGAUUCGACACUCUCUACGGCUUUCGGAAACAGUCCCACGGCCUUCAAAUUGUAGCCGACCUGGCCCCAAUGGGAAGGAUUAUUCACUCGGAUACCGUGAUCAAUGAUGGAGUCUUAUCACAGUCUCGCCAUGCGUGGAGAGAGAGGAACGCAUAUCACGAGGCAGAGAUGUUCCACAACAUAGUGGGGUGGUUAGUCAAUUUCCGACCCAGGGAGGUAGUGCAUAUCUCACCUUUGCCGACGACAUCCUCCGACAAAAUCAUGGCAGAUGCAUUCAAUAUUGCGGCAUAUUUGGCAAAUAUGGCAUGGGUCACAGACACAUCGCAGCUCCGUAUCGGUCCCACGUUGAGUGUUACCUAUGAUGCAGGUGCCGACUCGAAGAAACCCUCCAUCUUGCUGGCGGGUAUCAUCCUGGUGUCGAUUUUGAUUAUGUUUCACUUGGUGGGGUUGGCCAUGACCGCACUGUACGCGAGCUGGUUUCCACGUUGGACGAACGCACUCAAUGCUUUUAGUCUGUUGCGGCUGGGCGGUUCGAUCCAUGAGCAUGUUCCGCUCAGAGUUUCUGCAAACGAUGAUCAAGUCAACAUCUUGGAUGCGCUACCUGGCUGGGUAGGCCAUGCACCAAAGGAUUUCCAGAGUCGAGAUGCGAUAUUCAACUUGGAGCGCCUGGGCCUUUGA